UCCCGGAGCGGCCGGAGACACCACAGCACCGGCCCCCGGGUCCCAGCCGGAGGCCAGCAGGGACCAACACGCCUGUCCUGGUAGAGGAUGAAGGAGGGGGAGAGGAGCCCCCUGCUGUCCCUGGACCCUGGCGGCCAGGAGCCGCCCCUCGCUUCCAGCUGCCUGGGUCCAGCAGGAGGGGCCCGGAGGACAGGCUUUGGGGGAGGCCAGGCCCCCCCACUCCCGCUGACAAGCAGCUGCCUCCAGUGCCUGACCUUCUUCUCCAACUUCCUCUUCUCCCUGCUCGGCCUGCUGGCCCUGGCCGUCGGGCUCUGGGGCCUGGCUGUCAAGGGCUCUCUGGGGAGCAGCUGGGGGGGCCCCCUGCCCACAGACCCCAUGCUGGGGCUGGUGCUGGGGGGCCUGGCGGUCAGCGCGGUGAGCCUGGCGGGCUGCCUGGGCGCCCUCUGCGAGAGCGCCUGCCUGCUGCGCUGCUUCUCCGGGGGCCUCCUGGCCUUCCUGGCGCUGGAGGCUGUGGGGGGGCUCCUGGUGGCGGCCCUCUGGGGCCCGCUGCGGGACGGGCUGGAGCUCACCCUGCGUGUGGCCAUCACCCACUACCAGGACGACCCUGACCUGCGCUUCCUUGUCGACCACGUCCAGCUCGGGCUGCAGUGCUGUGGGGCCGCCUCCUACCGGGACUGGCAGCAGAACCCGUACUUCAACUGCAGCUCCCCAGGGGUCCAGGCCUGCAGCCUGCCUGCCUCCUGCUGCCUCGACCCCCGGGAAGCCGGAGCUUCCAUCAACGACCAGUGCGGCUUCGGCGCCCUGCGCCUGCCGGAGGACGCGGCUCAGAGAGUGGUGCACCUGGGGGGCUUCGGCCCGCCCCUCCGGCGGUGGCUUCGCACGCAGGCCCGGGCACUGGGCGGUUUUGUGCUUGCAGUGGUGCUGGUCCAGGGGGCAGAGCUCCUGCUGGCCUUGCAGCUGCUGAAGGCCUUGGCUCUCCGCCCCGGGGCCCGGCCCCCCGCCAAGCAGAACCGGGGCUGACCCACAGCCAGAGACACGUGCCUUGAACCCAGAGCUCCCCAUGCUGCUGUGCCCCUCACCCCCGAGGUUCCCCUUCCCGAGGCCCAGCCGCUGCCUGAUUCCACUCUUUCAGAGGCCUUGGCCCCAGAGACCACCCACUGACGCUGCCCCUUUGCUUGCAAACUAACAUGGUCAGAGCGCUGGCUGCACCCACGAGUGCAGCCUGGGAGCCACGGAGGGGGCCCAAGAGGCCACCAGGCCAGAGGGCGCCCCCAGCUCCAACUUCCACGGCCCAGGCCCACACCCACCCCUGACCCCCACCUCUGACCGCUCCCUAACCUGCCUCCAAGAUCCAGCCUCAGCCCCUCAGCCCAGCCCCUCUGACCACCACCCUGAGGCCCCGCCUCC